AUUUCACUGAUAGAUAAGAUUGAAGAUUUCAAUCAUAUCUACUCCUGACCCGCCAAUCAUAUACAACAGCUAAAUUACAUUUGAUUUUUUAAGAUAACCAGGUAAAGUAAAUGGAAGGAGAUAAUAAACAAGAUCGAAUGUCACGAAUUGUCACAGUCGACGUAGCAGCAGCUGAACUGUAUAUCUCGCACAGCCCUAACGUGUUCUAUUAUUAGUGCGUUACUACUAUCGAUUAUAAAUCGAAAUUUCAUAAAAACAGAUCACAAAAAUGUGGAUUAUAAUAUUAACACUAUUAAUAGUGUCAGUGAUAACUUACUAUCUACGGAAACCGAAUGACUUCGAUAAAAGAGGAAUAAUUUACGACAAGUCAUUAUCAAUCAGUAAAACACUGGGCGCUCUGUUCUUCCGUCGUAUUUCGAUUGCUGACAUGAUGACUAGAAUAUACGACACCAAGAGUGACGCUAAAUACAUUGGUAGUUACUUCAACGGACCAUUACUAGUGAUUCGUGAUCCAGAGUUGAUUAAGAUCAUCAGUAUCAAGCACUUCGAUCAUUUCAGUUAUCAUAAGAGGUAUUUUGAUCCAGACCGGGAUCCAUUCUUUGGUGCUAAUCUGUCUGCUCUCAAUGGGGAUAAGUGGCGGGACAUGAGAACUCUACUGAGUCCAACGUUCACAUCUAGCAAAAUGAAAGCAAUGUUCAAGCUUAUGUCGGCAUGUGCAAAAAAUUUUUCCGAUUACAUUGCCAAAGAGACCUCAGAAAAACCUGUAAUAUAUAAUACUAAAGACGCAUUUACUCGUUACACGACAGACGUCAUAGCAACUUGUGCUUUCGGCGUUGAGGUUGACUCGAUGAAGCACCCGGAUAAUGAAUUCUAUGUCCUUGGUAAAAAGGCGGGGGUUUUGAAGGGCUUCGUUAAGUUCAAGAUGCUCUUGCAAAUGGUUGUACCAAUCGUCAUGAAGAUUCUCGGAAUUCAUCUGCUGGAUAGGAAAAUUGAGAAGUUCUUCACUGACCUUGUGAGGAACACCAUUCAAACCAGAGAUCGGGAAGGUAUCGUCCGUCCGGAUAUGAUUCAACUGCUGAUGGACUCUAGGAACAAUGAGAAAGGACUUAAACUCGAUAUCAUUGACAUGACAGCGCAGGCGUUUGUCUUUUUCUUCGGUGGUUUUGAGACGUCGUCGACUAUCAUGUGCUUUUUGGCUCAUCACAUCGCUGAUGAUCAUCAAGUUCAGAGAAAACUCCAGGAGGAGAUUGAUGAAGUCUGGGAGGCAUGUCAUGGAGACCUUACCUAUGAAGCGAUUAAUAGGAUGGAGUACUUGGAUGCUGUUGUUAAUGAGUGUCUGAGAAUGUACUCGAUCACUUUAGGUACUGACAGAAUUUGCACUAAAGAAUUUGAAUUACCUCCAGCAUUACCUGGAAUGCAACUAGUUCUCGUCAAGCCUGGUGAAGGUCUUUGGUUCCCGAUCUACGCCAUCCACAGAGAUCCCAAGUACUUCAACGAUCCCAACAAAUUCAUUCCGGAGAGAUUCAUUGAUCAUCCUAGAGAGACACUUCAUUCUCCAGCCUUCAUUCCGUUUGGCUCAGGUCCCAGAAUGUGCAUUGGAAACAGAUUUGCUACUCUGGAAAUCAAAGUUGUGAUAUUUUAUCUGAUGCUGAAAUGCUCAUUACGAAUCAGUGAUAAAAUGAUCAUGCCUCUGGAGUUUGAUAAGUCGAAUCUUAAUUUGGGAGCUGAGGGCGGAUUUUGGUUGGAUGUAAUGAGGAGAAGUAAAUAAAAAUGUGAGUGGAAUAAAUUGAAACUUAGCGAGUCGUUAAAUAAUUACAAGAUCCAAAAACGGUUUAUUUUGUCGGAUUAAUUUGAUCAACAGUUUGUUACAAAUCUCAAAAAACUUCUUUGGCUAAUUAAUAUACUAUAUACUAAUUAUUAACUAUAGAAAAAAGUCUCAUUAUUCAACGAAAAAAAUUACCACCAAUUUUGCGUGUUUGAGACUAAAUUAAUGUUUUUCUCA